UUUGGAUUACGGUUAUCAUAUAUAAUAUCACUUAAUUCAUUAGUCGGCAAGAACCUACCUAAAGGAGUAAAAUAUUCUUGGCUUUAACGUUCAUAAAUUAAUCUGUGAUGACUACUAGGCGAAUUUCAAAAAAUAGAUGCAUGAGUUGAGUUUAUUGUAGUAGCAAUUCUGCAGCCGGCGAAGGGCGAUUGACGAAUCUUAAUUAUAUUCUGUAAGUUUGAACAUGUACCCUUAAUACAAGAAAAAUGUGUUUUAUAUGAACAACUUAAAUAUGGGAAAUGGAGGAGGGGAAAAAAGAGUGAUAUGGCGUGUAAGGCGGCAUGUUGUAAUUGGUAACUGGCAUUGAUCCACGUGUCUGUGUCCUGUAACUCACACUAACAGAAACAGAAACAGAAAACAGAUCCCUGAAUUCUGACAAUACUCUUCAUCCACCAUGGCUUCUCGCCGUCGCAUGUUACUUAAGGUUAUUAUCCUCGGAGACAGCGGGGUUGGCAAAACAUCUCUCAUGAAUCAGUAUGUGAAUCGUAAGUUUAGUAACCAGUACAAGGCUACCAUUGGUGCUGAUUUUCUCACCAAGGAAAUUCAAUUCCAAGAUAGGAUGUUCACUUUGCAGAUCUGGGAUACUGCUGGUCAAGAAAGGUUUCAGAGUCUUGGUGUGGCUUUCUACCGUGGCGCAGAUUGUUGUGUCCUUGUUUAUGAUGUAAAUGUUGUCAAAUCUUUUGACAAUCUUAGCCAUUGGCGAGAAGAAUUCCUUAUUCAGGCUAGUCCAUCUGACCCCGAAAACUUCCCAUUUGUGCUACUGGGAAACAAAAUUGAUGUUGAUGGUGGGAAUAGCCGAGUUGUUUCUGAGAAGAAAGCUAAGGCAUGGUGUGCUUCCAAAGGAAGCAUACCAUACUUUGAGACCUCUGCAAAAGAGGGAUUCAAUGUUGAAGCUGCUUUCCAGUGUAUAGCAAAAAAUGCACUCAAGAAUGAACCUGAAGAAGAAAUAUACAUGCCUGACACAAUUGAAGUGGGUGGUGGUGGACGGCAGCACAGGUCCACAGGCUGUGAAUGUUGAUGACUUAGUGUUCUUUCGAUCAAACUUCAAUUAUUGCAAAUCUUUUGUUUUGUAUCUCAUUAGUGGGUUAAUUAGAUGUCCUCUUGCUAAUUCUUCUAAUUCAAUGUAUCUUAUAAUAUUUGGACCAUAAUUUAAUUCUUC